UAGCGGUGAAGAGCUGGGGGGAGGGGGCGGUAACAGCAGCAACAGGAGCUCAGGCGGCAGGGGCAGGCAGGCGAGUGAGCGGGCGGUUUAUGGGCUGUGCAGGCCCCCACUCCGUGUGCCAGAAAAGCCAGUUCGGAGCCAGCUAGGAGGCGGGGAGAAGCGGUGCUCGGGCCUCGGUUUCCCGGUCCCGCGAGCUGUGUGAGCGGGAGAGGCCGAGCGGAAUAUGAGGGAGGGAAGGGAUGUCUUUCGAUGUAAUCAACUCUCGCUGCUGCAUUGAUGUAUGAUGAGGAAAAAUAUUGUUCAGUAGGAAAUGAAGAUAGAGGUACUGGCAGCAGAAAAGGGUGAUUAAUAAAAGGAGGAGAGAUAAGGAUGAGCAGAAAUCCCCCAAGUCGGCCAGGAAUUGUGUUUGCGGUGGGAGCUCGUUUGGAGGCUCAGGAUUAUCUGCAAAAAUGGUAUACAUCACGAAUUGAAAAGAUUGACUAUGAGGAAGGGAAAAUGCUGAUCCACUUUGAGAGAUGGAGUCAUCGGUAUGAUGAAUGGAUUUACUGGGAUAGUCAUCGCCUACGACCACUUGAGGGACAGUCACUACGAAAAGAUGCACUCAAAGACGAUGAAGAGAUUACAGACUUCAAAACUGGAGAUGAGGUUCUUGCCCGCUGGACGGAUUGUCGCUACUAUCCUGCCAAGAUUGAAGACAUUAAUGAGGAGGGUACUUACACAGUGCAGUUUUAUGAUGGAGUAAUACGGUCUCUGAAGCGAAUGCAUAUAAAAUCGAUGCCUGAAGAUGCCAAAGGACAGGACUGGUUAGCUCUUGUUAAAGCUGCUACAGCAGCAGCUGCUGCUGCAAAGAAUAAGACAGUCGGAAAACCCCGGGUUAUUAAGGAAAAAGUGGGGAGAAAAGUGGGGAGAGGAUCCCACUUCAAGAAAGGGAGAGUGAUGUCAGAAGUUAAAGAACCAGUGGAUGAAGUGCACAAAAAACCAGAAGAACUUGCAUCUUUUGCUAUCUCAGGAAACUCUGAGCCAUUGACCUUUGAGCCAAAGCAGACUUCAGGACAUGCAGAAACAUCAGGUGCAAGGAAGAGGAAAACUAAUGUCAUCUGCUCAUUUCAGGCAAAAAGAGCACGUCUCAACAAAAUCACAGGCCUACUGGCCUCAAAAGCUGUGAGUGGUGAUGGUUCUGAAAUGCUGGAAGAUGGUAUUGGAAGCCACCAUGUGCCUGAUCAGCUGUCACCUUCUUAUACCACUGACCAGCUGAAGACUGAAGUGAGCAGUGAAGACUCCUGUACUCUGAAUCAAAAAAGUGAUCCAUUUUUUUCAUCUCCACAUUCGACCAAACUCCGAAUACAGAAAACAAAGCCUGAGGAGCCAUCUGGGAAUAUAGAAGCUUCAGAUCCUUCUCCUCCCCCAACUGUACCUCAGGGCAAGGAGUUGCACAAUAUAGAAUUUCCUCAGACAUUACCCCCACCACCACCACCUUCAGAUAUCCCUCAGACUGGCCCUUCUCAGCCCAGCAGUCCGAUCACCUGGUUAGAAAAAUCCAAACGUAGGAGACGCUCUGCACGAUUAGCAAAUGCUGCAGGGAUUGAUGGUCCCACUGACCAAGGGUAUUUACCCUCUCCAUCCAGUGAUUUGACAGGACAUUCGGGCAAAUCCAAUAAUCUGACAGACAGCAACAUACCAGAGGAUUCUGAUGGUUACCAGUUGCCUAGAGAAACUAAUUCCUUUGAGAUCAGUGACUUGGUGCCUCUUGACCUCUCCCAGCAUUCCAGGCACAAAACUUCAGCAUCUGUUUCUUCUCUUCAACUGCCUGGAAAAGAACAAACAAUGAAACCUCAUUCUAAAGUAAUAACUGAUGUGAGCGUGGCGUCCUCUUCAUCAGUAACUAAUGCCAAAAACGCAGAGGACCCAUUAGCUCCCAAAGAACCGAUCAUUGAGCUUGACCACAACAAGUUCAAGUGUAGAUUUCCCAGGUGCUUCAAAGCUUUCCGUAAAGCUAAGCUGCUAGAUUACCACAUAAAGUACUACCACAGUACAGAGAAAGGAUCUGACUCCGACACUAGCACACGGGAGAGUGGGAUGCGAUCUCGUGCCAAUUCAACCAACGUGCCACCAUCAAUUGUGGACAGCCUGGGGCUGAAGAGCCCGAGACCUCUGUCAAGUUGUUCUUCUUCACCACCUUCUAAUCUCCUGGCCUUGCAGCUGGAGAUGCCUCUUGAUAUAAGCCACAAACCCUCCAAAGUCUGCAAGAAGAAUCGAUCAUCUGUGUCUGUCAGUUCUGAAGGCACCAACAACCAACCCAGCGCUCCUGUGAGGGAGAAGAGAAUGGAAACUGUGCAUGAGAGGAUACUUAAGAAAUGUAUCGACAGAGACAGAAAUGCAGAAGUUGGAGUGAAAAGUGAAAGGAGAAUGAAGUGUGAAGAGAAGAACUCAUCGCCUGGUAAAAAGAAGGAGAAGUGUAAGGAGAAGAAAGGCAAGGAGCACGUUAAACUAAAACAGAAGAAAAAGAAAAAAAAGAAAAAGAGAUCCAAGUAUGAAUUGUUGGACUAUGAAGGAUUGAAAGAUAUUUCCCUGGAGUUUCUGGAAAGAUGUUCAUCUCCUCUAGCCAAAUCUAGAAGUUCCCUUACCUUACGGUGUGGAUCUAUAGUGAAACCAGGCUAUCUGUCACCAAAAUUUCUUCUGUCCUCUGGAUCGUUGAUGGAGCUAAGUACAGAUCAUACUCCUAGACAUGAAUCUCUUUCUGAUGAAGAGUUCUUUGAUGGUUCCUCAACGGAAAGUGCAUUGCUCAGUGAAGAUUACAGUCAGGAUCUGGACAUCUCAACCAACCCGGACGAGUCUCAAGAGGAAGAUGAAAACAAUGCAACAGUGCGAUGUGUCUGUGGAAUGGAUGAAGAAAAUGGGUUUAUGAUUCAGUGUGAAGAGUGCCUUUGCUGGCAGCACAGCAUCUGUCUGGGUUUAUUGGAAGACAGCAUUCCAGACCAAUAUAUCUGCUACCUCUGCCAGGAUCCACCAGGUCAGAGAUGGAAUGCCAAAUGUUGCUAUGACAAGGAGUGGCUAAAAAAUGGUCACGUGUAUGGACUGUCCUUUCUGAAGGAGAACUACUCCCAGCAGAAUGCAAAGAAAAUAGUAUCAACUCAUCAGCUCCUGGCUGAUGUGUACAGUGUGACUGAAGUGCUCCAUGGGCUUCAACUGAAAAUCAAUAUUCUGCAGAGCAGAAAGCAACCAGAUCUACAUCUUUUGGUCCAGUCAUGCAAGAAAUCCACUCAAGAGCAAACUACAGGAGAAAAGCUCAUGGAAUGUACAGACAGUAUUAAGCAAGCUGAAAGCAUCUGUCAUAAUCAGAGUCACAGAGAAAGACCAAGUCCCAGCAAGAGAGUAGAAGGAACCUAUAUCACUAGUGAACACAGCUACCAGAAGCCUCAUGGCUGCAGCCUUGAGCAAAACCCUACAACAGACCAAAACUGUUCAGAAGAUGAGGACACCAAUAAUUUAAAUUAUAAAACGGAUCAGAAUUCUAUAUUCAAUGGAGUUGAAAGGCACACUGUUCAAGAAAUGGGCAUCCUAACUGGAGAGGGGCCUACUGGCACUAAAGAGACAGUAACUGUUUCAAAUGAGCGUGACUGCGAUGGAAUGGCAAGAGAGGGUCGUGUCAACUCACAGUUCCCAUGGCAGCUGAACCUGCUGACCCAGAUUGAGGCUGUGCAGAAUGAAGUAAACAGCAGAAUGGAUUUCAUUGAGAAAGAGCUGAAUGUUCUGGAAAGUUGGUUGGACUUUUCUGGGGAACUUGAGCCAACAGAACCACUUGCACGACUCCCACAGCUGAAACGCCACAUCAAACAACUCCUGACAGACUUGGGAAAGGUGGAGCAAAUGGCAAAUUGCUGCUCUGUCUAGGAAGACAAGAAUCGGUGGAGUAGGGAGGGAGACAGAAAAAGAACAAUGGAUUGAAAAGCACACAGUGGAUUGGAACCACUGAGAAGCUAAUGUUUCCACAAUUUGAGUGUAGAAGGAUUGAACUCUGACAAUAACUUACAAGAAAGGAUGAAACUGGAAUGAAAAGCAAAUGGCCGAUUAGAUAUCGUACAUCAGGCUUAAGUCAGAGCUUGUCUCUCAUUCAUAGCACUUGCAGCAUAAAGUAGUCCCAUUGUUUUGUGAGCACUUGCAUACAGUACAGAGUAUUAUAAUCACUGCUCAAGUGUGCACGCAUUCCUUCACAACUGAUCAUGAAACUCUUCAAUAACAUUGUGGAAGGGUUUUCGACUGCUCAGUGAGCAGUGUAUGUAAGAUAACACAGACUAGUCAACAGCAUUUUGUGAUUAGGACUAACUGAAUCUAGCACUUGUUAUCACAGAAGCUGGAAUUACUUCAAAACAGUACAACUCCUGAAGUCAUAGGCUAGAAAACGACAGUUUCCUCAGUUGAGUCUGAUUGCAGUGAAAUAAUGCAGAGAUGAUCAGCUUACGAGUUGGAAAUUGAGGUUGCUUUAAAUCACUGCAAUGAUAUUCAUUGUGUGUUCAGUGAUAGUUGACUACUUAGAUGUUCAACCCCAGGAACAAUCUGGAAAGAGCUGCUUAUUCCUGCAGUGUGGACAUACAAGAUCCUUUCUCCAUCAGCUUCCCACCAGCCAAACUUUAGUUCCAAUGUGAAUUCUCAACACAGUACUUCUGCGUAUAUGGAGAGAAAAAGAAACCCUGAUGAAAUAUAUUGAAAUGUGCUGGCUUUUUGAGAAGUGGACAGGGAGGUAGACGUGGAAUAAAUGAACCUUCAUUGAGGCCACUGUUUCUGGUCAAAAAUUGUAUUGAGAGGUCCUUUAGUCUUAGUGCCACAGUUUGAGAUGUUAAAUUUCUGUAUGACACUCAAACUCAUUACAAUUAGAAACCAACCUGAAACUUAACAGUAGUGAAAGUACAGUUUGAGGUGUGCAUUCUUGCAGAAGACCUCAGUCUGUAAACCUCCUAAUCUGAAAUAAUUUUGCCAAGUGGAUGCAAUUUGUAAAGACCUGAGCUGCUCCAUGAGUUGUGUAUGCUAUAGUCUGAUGCAACAACAUAACCGAGAGGUUAUUGUAUGUGCCCACGUUCCAAACUCCAAACACUCCAUCGUUCCUUCCUCGGUCACUGGCAGGUCGAAGAAUAUACAAACACAAUUCAUUUAUCUAGCUGUUGACGUCCCUGAAUCCUUUUCAUUCUGAAACAUGUGUUUUGUAUACCAUAAUUAACUUAUUUCUGAAAAUGGUGCUUAAAAUUGAGGACAUGCAAAAUAGGUGGAGUGAGGAAAAUAUAUUAAAUUGGGAGUUUGCGCACAGAAAGCCAGGAGGACUUGUCAUUGUCUGGUUGCACCAGAAAUGGUUCACUGGGAACAGUAUCUGUAACCAUGUCGGUACAACAGACUUAGUGUAGUUACAUUUAAAGAAAGAUAUGAUAUUUGCAAGCUGUGCAAACAAAAUCUGUUGAUAAGGCAAUCCAGUAUUACCUUAUAUGGGUCUCACUUUUUUUUUACUGCUCAGAACACUCAGUUGCUCUUGUUCAGAAACACAUGAGGUAUAACAAAAGUGAAUUGAGUGCCAGGCAGAUGUAUUUGCUAUCAGGGUGUGUGUCAACAAAAUGUAUAUCUCAAAAAAAGUGUAUAUUUGCAUUAUAUAUAUAAAGUUCUGGAAGCUGAA